AUGCACGGUGGUGCAGUGGCCUACAAUCGCAUGUAUAGUCAGAGAGAUAAUAUAAUGAUGGUAGACACCAUAUAUCGGGUGGCUGAUGUCGUAGCACAAAGACGAUCGCGCUUUGAUGACAUUGAUUCAAUCUUUGCUAUGACCUCUGCCGAUGGUCGAUGGUACUACCUGAAUGAUCAGUUUGGCUAUUGGCCAACCUCUCUUUUUGAAGCACAAACGAAGGCCCCUUGGCCUGCACCUCGUCCAGUCAAUCCAGAUGCAAUCGUCCAGCAUUCUCGUGUGAUCGCUGGCGCCGUGUGGCCACCCUCGCACCACUUGCCCUCCCUCGAUUUGACGCCCGAACCUAGGCUAGAUUACCCGCCCUACGAGUCGAUAGCUGGCCCCAGCCGAGUAGUUACGAUGGAUACAAACGAAAUGGUGUCCGAUACUAGCUCUGUUUCGAGUUCUGCUGAUUCACCAGUCAGCCCAAUUUCGUCUACAGAUUCUUUGGACACCGCCGAUAACUUUGAGGAAGGGUCACAAACGAAUCCGAUCCACGUUGACGACGGCAGUGGCGAGGACAAAAACUUGAUCGAAGACGAGGAAUCACUUGGAACUGGGGUAUCUGAAUGA